GCAAAGGGCAAAAUGAAGAUUCGCUGGCGAUCCAGCGGCCAGAACGGCAGCAGUCUUCAUUUUACCUUCGACAGCGAACAACGAUGAUGAUGCUUCGCUCGAGCACCAAGCUCAACACGGUGCUGGCUCGCCGCCAGAGCACGCUCACGUUCUCCAAGUACCCGUUCCUGAAGGAGCUCGGUCUCCAGGAGGAGAACCUCGGCGUCUUUGACGGCGAGUGGUUCGGCAACGGCCCGGUCUUCAACAGCGUCAACCCCGCGACGAACGAAAUCAUCGCCAAGACGCGCACGGGUACCAAGGCCGACUACGAGCGCGUCAUUGCCUCGAUGGACGCGGCCAAGAAGGACUGGGCUGAGGUGCCGGCCCCGAUCCGCGGCGAAGUCGUGCGCCAGAUCGGCGAGUCGCUUCGCGCCAAGCAAAAGGCGCUCGGCCAGCUCGUCUCGCUCGAGAUGGGCAAGAUCACGGUCGAGGGUGUCGGCGAGGUCCAGGAGGCUGUCGACAUUUGCGACUUUGCCGUCGGUCUCUCGCGCUGCCUCAACGGCUCGAUCAUUCCGUCGGAGCGCCCGGGCCACUUUAUGAUGGAGCGCUACAACCCGCUCAAGGGCCACGUCGGCAUCAUCACGGCCUUCAACUUCCCGUGCGCCGUCAUGUUUUGGAACGGUGCGCUCAGCCUCGUGGCCGGCAACACCCAAGUGUGGAAGCCGCAUGACAACUUGUGCUUGACGUCGAUCGCGUGCAACAAGAUCGUGUCGGACGUCCUCACGAAGAACGGGUACAACCCCGCGAUUGCGUCGCUCAUCUGCGGCAGCGGCAAGGAGGUCGGCGAGCCCAUGAUCAAAGACAAGCGCAUGGAGCUCAUCUCGUUCACGGGCUCGACGCACGUCGGCCGCCACGUAAAUGAAGUGGUCGCCAACCGCUUUGGCAAGGCGAUCCUCGAGCUUGGCGGCAACAACGCGAUGAUCAUUGACGAAGACGCCGACUUGACCAUGGCGCUCCGCGCGACGCUCUUCUCGGCCGUCGGCACGGCGGGCCAGCGCUGCACGACGCUCCGCCGCAUCUACCUCCACGAAAACAUCUACGACUCGUUCGUCGAGAAGCUCGUGACUGCGUACAAGCAAAUCCCGAUCGGCGACCAGCUCGACCCGACGACGCUCUGCGGCCCGCUCCACAACCAGCAGGCGGUCACCAACUUUGCCAACGGCAUCAAGACGGCGACGGAGCAGGGUGGCAAGGUCUUGACGGGCGGCAACGUGCUCCCGGGCCCCGGCAACUUUGUCGAGCCGACGCUCGUGGCCAUUGCGCACGAAGCGCCGAUCGUGCAGACCGAGAUCUUUGCGCCCAUCACGUACGUGAUGAAGUUUAGCAACCUCGACGAAGCGAUCGAGAAGAACAACGACGUGCCGCAGGGCCUCUCGUCGUCGCUCUUCACGACCAACCAGGCCGCGAUCUUCAAGUGGACGGGCCCCGCGGGCUCGGACUGCGGCAUCGUCAAUGUCAACAUUGGCCCGAGCGGCGCCGAGAUUGGCGGCGCGUUUGGCGGCGAGAAGGAGACGGGCGCCGGUGGCCGCGAGUCGGGCAGCGAUGCGUGGAAGCAGUACAUGCGCCGGUCGACGUGCACGAUCAACCACAGCAAGAACCUCCCGCUCGCGCAGGGCAUCAACUUUGGUUAAGCCCACACUUGUUUAUAGAGCAUUGAUGAUACUA